AGCAAAUAUUAGGUAGUAGACACGGACAGAUAGAGGGAUGGAUAAACAAUCAGAUAGACAGGUAGGUAGAUAGACUGCUAGAUAAAUCGAUAGAUAUGUAUAGACAGAUACAUAUACGAUGAUAGAGCGAGAAAGAGGAAAGAAAAAAAGGAGUGAAUGACAUUAUAAACUGAUCAACAACAAAAAAAGAACAAAAAAGAAAGAACAUAAACAAGAAGUAAAAAAAAAAAUGGAGUUUCCAUGUGCGAUAUUUCUUGGCUGGACUAUGGCAUUGUUAUGGUCACUACGAUUGUCCGUAGAAGCUGGACCCCCCGGUAAACGCCUCCAUCAUCAACUGAUGGUACAUCGAAACUAUAACAGACUGUUACGACCUAUGGGAUCCCAUGCCGGACGCUUGUCGGUGAAACUUGGUAUGAGGCUCUCGCAACUUCUAGACGUGGACGAGAAAAAUCAAAUAAUGACUACAAAUGUAUGGUUGAGACAUGAAUGGUACGAUACACGUUUAGAAUGGAGUCCUGAAGAAUAUGGCGAUGUCAAAAUGAUGCAUAUUCCAUCGAAGGAUUUAUGGAGGCCGGAUAUUGUUUUAUACAAUAAUGCCGAUGGUGAAUUCGUAGUGACCCUAAUGACAAAAGCCACUGUCCACUACGAUGGCCGAAUCGUCUGGGAACCUCCAGCUAUUUAUAAGAGUUACUGUCCUAUAGACGUCGAGUUUUUCCCGUUUGAUAUGCAGCAGUGCUUUAUGAAGUUUGGAUCGUGGACCUACGACGGAAACCAAGUGGACCUUCAGCAUUUUUGCAUGGAAAAGGGCAUUACUACCGCUACUGGAGAAGUGGUUAUCAAACGAGGAAUUGACUUGAAAGACUACUAUCCCAACGUAGAAUGGGACAUUAUCAAUGUAACAGCGAGACGAAAGGAGAAGUUCUAUGGAUGCUGCACAGAACCCUACCCGGAUAUUAUGUUCAACGUUACACUGCGCAGGCGCACGCUCUUUUAUACAUUGAACUUAAUAAUGCCCUGCAUUUCCAUCUCCUGUCUCACUGUUUUAGUUUUCUAUUUGCCUUCAGACAGCGGUGAAAAAAUUACUCUGUCUAUUUCGAUAUUGCUAGCACUUACUGUAUUUUUUCUGUUAUUGUCAGAUAUAAACCCGCCAACCUCACUGGUUGUUCCACUUAUAGGUAAAUACCUAAUGUUUACAAUGAUUGUAGUCGCUAUGUCAAUAUUCAUGACCGUAUUCACGCUGCACAUGAACUACAGAGCUCCAACCACACACAAAAUGAGACCUUGGGUGCGUCGAAUAUUCACGGAAAUUCUUCCCAAAAUUCUACUGUUAAAACGUCCCCAGUCGCGGUGCAAAUCUCAAAUUGCGGUUCGAACGUGCAGCGGAGUAGAAGUCCGUGAAACGUAUACCGUAGCCCGUCACUGGUCUCGUUUCAAGAAUAUGCCAGCCCCGUCGACUGCUAACCGCUUGCGGCGCCUCCGGCACCAUCGGCCUCACACGUUGCAUAUCGACGAUCAAGACAUGGCGACGGCUCAGUCUGCGGCCAGUCGUCAUGCGCACGAGAUACAUGAGGUCAUUGAAGGGGUCAAGUAUAUUGCAAACAGAAUGCAGGAUGAAGAUGAACGUGCUGAGGAAGUAAGAGACUGGAAAUUUGUUGCCAUGGUGUUGGAUCGUUUUUUCCUGUACAUCUUCACCAGCACAUGUCUCGCCGGAACUCUCUGCAUCUUUCUCUACGCACCAUCACUCUACGAUCAUCGCAUACCCAUGGAGGGAAGUAACGAAAUUGGUAACACAACAUGUAUUUAUUGAAGAGUAAAAAUACCAAUCAUAUACGUGUAUAUACACAUAUGU